AACAUGAGCCAGCAGAGGAAGCGUCAGAUUUGAAGCCGAAUCCGAACUGGAAGGAUCUGCAGCUGGAUCCUCGGAACCAUGAGGAUGAGACCAGACUCCUUCCUCCUGCUGUUUCUCCUCAUCGCUGCCUCUCAGGCGAGUAAUCCAUCAGACUCAGAGCAGCCAAAGGCCACAGAGCAGCGACCCGAACGGGUCCGACAGAAACCGAAGCCUCCAAAACCAAAACCAAAACCAACUCCAGUGGUCACAACGCCCGCCCCAAAAACCACCAAAGCACCCGACACGGACGAGUUCUUGGGUCCACAAGAAUGUCUGGACAAAAAGCCGACUCGAGCGUCGUGUGGCCUGGUGUUUUGCCCUCCAUGGCAGCGGUGCGUUGAAGGUCAGUGUACCUGCAAACUUCCCUACCUGUGUCCCACUGAAGGGGUGGAACCGGUCUGUGGGCAGAACCACAGGACCUUCACAUCCUACUGUCAGGUGAUGGCUGCCUCAUGCCGGACCAAGAAGCCCGUAAUGUCCCACUUUGGAAAAGUCUGCACAGCGACCAUUACCAAGUUCCAGAGCUUCCUGGACAAAGACACAGGGCUGGUCAGGAUCGUCCUUCCUAACGCCACCGGAGAAGGAGAGAACUUACUGGUGUGCCAUCAGGACUGGGACAUGGCAGCUGCUAAUGUGGCCUGCAGGGAGCACAAACAAGAAUAUUACAGAGGUGCAGCGUCUGCAGACUCUGUGGACUACAACUCCCUGACGCCCAACACAACUCUCCCCAGCCGCUGCGUCAGCGUCCACUGCCAGGGCUACGAAUUGUCUCUGGCUGAGUGUGAAAUCUACGACAAGAUGGCGGCUGACGGCCAGAUGGUGGCCGCAGCGACCUGCUAUAAGGAAACAUCUGAAGAAUGCGACUUCACCUGUGCAAACCGGAAAUGCAUUGUCCGCAACCAGACAUGCGACGGAGUGGACGACUGCGGCGACCGCAGCGAUGAGAUGUGCUGCAAAAGCUGCAGGAACGGAGCUUUCCGCUGCGCGUCCGGCGUCUGUUUGCACAGAAAGGCGGUCGGCGACAAACUGAUGGACUGCCUGGACGGAGCCGACGAAUCUCAGCAACGAGUGAAAGCUUUCGCGUCACAUAAAUUGAACUCAGCACCAAAACCCUCAGAGUACAUCUCCCGUAAAAACGAAACCAGAGCCAGCAGGAAACAUCUGGAGGCCCAGCUGUUCUGUGGGAUUCCCAACAAGGACUUGGUGGACGACACGGAACCGGAGAUCCGAGGAAGAACGAGCCGGAGGAAGAGGGUGGUGGGAGGAAUCCCGGCCAAUCCGACUCAGAUCCAGUGGCAGGUGGCGAUAGAGGAGAACCGCAGGAUCGACUGUGGAGGAGCGUACAUCGGCGGCUGCUGGGUCCUCACCGCCGCUCACUGCGUCAGGCCGAAUCCUUCGGCGUACAGAGUGAAAUUUUCUCUCUGGAAGAAAUUUCGGCCUCAGGGAACGACGGACAUUGUUCCUGUGGCGGACGUCCGCAUCCACCCGAACUACGUGCCGUCGACGUACGAGAACGACAUCGCGCUGCUGCAGCUGGAGAAGCUCCCGUUCACGGAGAAAUGCCUGGAGGACAACCCGGCCAUCCGGGCCGUCUGCGUCCCCUGGACCACCCAGCUGUUCCCGCCCAACCACACCUGCAGCAUCUCUGGGUGGGGGCGGACCGCAGACGGCCGGGCGGCCCAGGUGCUGCUCUGGGCCAACGUGUCGCUCAUCUCUGGCUGCGAAUCCUCCUACAAGCAUCGCUUCAAACCGGGGAUGAUGUGCGCAGGAGACCUGGAGGGACACGUGGACUCGUGUCAGGGCGACAGCGGCGGCCCGCUGGUCUGCGAGGACGAACUCGGGGUUUCCUACCUGUGGGGCAUCGUCAGCUGGGGGGAGCGGUGUGGCCAUCAGGGCUUCCCAGGGGUUUACACACAGGUCGCUCAUUACUUUGAGUGGAUCCGGCUUCACACCGGCUGGCCUGCAGUCACCAAAUUUAACUCCUAAAGAAACCGACUACCUUCAACUCUUCACCUUUGCUCACCUUAAUGUGAUCUCAACUUUUACCUGGUAAUAAAAACAGAAAACAUUGUUCUGCUUUGCUGUUCAAUAAAGUAAAUAAAUAAAGUCCUGAGACAAAAAGGUG